UCGAGAACAGUCAGAAUUGAAACUAAUUCUGCUAGUCUCUCGAAAUGAUCAACGACUUAAGAAGAUGGAUAGAUGGAGUGGAUCUAGUAGAUCUUAUUCUGCUGGCCUUGAUGAUCUCAGGCAUCCUGGUGAUGAACGCUAUUGAGGAUGCAUUCAAGAGUUGUGUGCUACUUGCCACAAUGGAAUAUUACCUGGCGAGGAAAAGUGAAGUGAUUUCCUUGGAUGCUAACGUCGCUUUCACCGUGCUGAUCACAGCAAGCGCAUUGUUGUUCCUUGGCAUGAAUUGGCUGCGACGUUCCCUCUGGCGGGAGUAUGAGGAAGUUGCAGAGGCGAACGAUUACUUCCUCAACAUAUUCAGAAUGCACAUGUGGCAACACUAUGUUAACCUUGCGCUGCUCGAUGAUAAUGACAAUCAAAUGAUUGCCAACGAUUGAAGGCAACUGCUUUCAAUGUUUAUUUCAAUUAAAGCGCGUGAGUUCAACUUGCAGUUUCCAGUUUCAAUUCAACUACACAACGUGAUCGUGAUUUGCAUUUGGUCGCUCUCACAUUGUCUUGCUCUCUCGCUGCAUGCCGGCACAGCAACACAAGCAACAGCAGUAGCGCAGAGAGAGAGAGAGAGUGAGCGAGUGUGAGAACGAGAGAAAGCGCGUGUUCUUUGCGUCGGUGGUUGUUGGUGCUCUCAACCAGAGCUGAGCACGCAAUAUGCCGUGCCAGCACAGAAUCAGUCACAUUGCGUCUGCUCAACUGACAGCACGUCGUCGUUCCAACGUUCCGUAAUAUAAUUCUUUUUUUUUUGUAUUUUUGGCGCAUUGCUUACCACCAAAAUUUGUGUUUCGCUAUUUUUUUUUUGCUGUUCCGUGUGCCUGGGAAUAUUACGAAAAUUAUUUGACUUUGCCGUGAAAAUAUUGUGCAUGUGAGCCAAAGUUCUUUUUUUUGGCAUAAAUCAAGAAGGAGAGAACGAAAAGCUGCCAAGAUGCUCAAGUGGGCUGUCAACCAGCCACGUCCUUCCUACCUGGACAAGGCUUCCGAUGCUGCUUGCACUUCCACUUCCACUUCCCCCCACUCCCUCCUGCUCCCCAUGCCGUUCCCCUACUGCGACGCCCUUGUUGAUGCAGCGCGUCAAGGCGAAGCGUCACUGUCCGCUUGGCCUGGGCAAGGAGAACAUCGAGCUGACCUCGACCUCCACUCCAUUGCCAGCUGCCUCGACACGGACGCCACUGCUCAGAGAUCUGAGCAACAUCAUCAACAUGUCGCCACUGCAGACCACAACUAACACCACAACCACAACGACUCCUCAGGUGCAACGCUGCCGCAGUCAGCUUCAGCUGAAGCCAACAACGGUCUACGCAUCCACGCUGCCCACCUUUGAGGCGGAGUAUUCGCCCAGCUACAGGACGAACCAGGAGAACCAGAGCAACAACAUCAUUCCAGGACCUCUGCUCGCCCUGCGUGGCAUCGGCAUCCCCGACAGCUACUUCGAGAAGCCACGCUACCUCGAGCAGAAGUCCAUUCCCCAACCCUUGCCCUCCGUCUCAACAGAGGCGGGAGAUGCUCCCUCAGUGGAACCCACCUUGAGUUCUACACAAAUGGGCGACGUGACGCUUGAGCGGAUGAUCGAUGCCAUUCUCGAGAGCACGCGUAAGCCACCAACUGGAUUAGGAGCAGCAGCAGGUCGUCCUAGAUGUCGCCAGCGACUGCGACAUCGUCACCAGCAUCAGCAUCAACAACGUCUCCUCUCCACUGGUGUCGUCCACUCGCCCACCUAUCGACCCGCAUUCGAUCCAGCCAGCGAUCUCCGCGAGUACUGGCAAUCAUCACCUCCAGCUCGAUCGAGCAUCAAUCCCGAUGGCUACGAGGAACGAGAGGUGUGCUCCCCACAGCCACAGCCACAGACACAGUCAGGAUUGGGAGUGAAGCAGGGACGCCGCUCGCUGCAGCUGCAGCUGAGGAGACAGCGCGUGGUGCGUCGCAAGCGGAAGAUCACCACGAAGAUCUCGUCGAGCGUUAGGCAAUCGGCGCAGAAGCUGCUCGCGGCUGCCUCACGCUCCGCCCAGAAGAAGCUGCCACAUGCCACAUCCACAUCCAGCACUUGCAGUUCGCGUUCCAAGCAGCGCCACAUCAGUCCCGACAGCGGUCACAACUCGACAAGUGAUUGCGAAUUUGAGGCAGAGCAGGAGCUCGACUCAUUUGGAGUUGUCACAAAGCGACGGCUGAGUUUCUCCUUUCAUGAGGAUGCGUUCGUGGAGAAAUGAGGAUUCCCGCGAGGGAAAUCUAAUACAUUUUGGCUGUCCAAAUAAUUUAUAAAACAUUUUUUUUUUUGGCACAUUGUUAUUUUGUUACUUGAAGAAGAAAUUCUAGAAAUUUUGUUUAAUUAAAUUAGCAAAUUUAUUGCUAAAAGCGAAUAUAUUAAUUGCCUUCGUCAA